AUGUUUGAUACUUUUCAAGAAAAAAAAUUUAAAGAACCUGAUCAAAGAUAUACUGUAGAUGGGGAUAUUUUGAUCACACAUGUUAAACUUCCGAAACACUUCUUUCCCGAUUCAACCAUCAUCAAACACCUCCAAAUUUCUCAAAGCAACAUUCAAGAACUACACGACGACUGCCUCCUACCUCUAAAACCCCAUUUAGAGUCGUUCAGUUUGGUUUCAGGGCGUCUUAAGGAAAUACCUCAAAAAGCAUUUAAGGGAUUGAAUAAGUUAAUUGCUUUAGAUCUAGAGGCUAACGCUAUUGUAGAUUUGCCAAGUUACAGUUUCUACGGAUUACAUCUGAUCAAGUUGAAUAUGAAAGGAAACCAAAUUCAAAAGGUAUCUGACAAAGUGAAUACGAAAUAG